AUGGGCAAACGAUCGGUAUCCUUUUCAGAGGAAGUGGGCAAAAUCCCCGAAGACAUUCUGGAGCCCUACCUUUGCAGCUUUUCGUUGGAUGAAGAUCCCUAUUGCCAAUCAUUGGGUGUGAGUUCCUUGACACUGCUGCGAUGUGCCAAGUUGCUGCAAGGCUUUGUCCGUGACAAUCUGUCCCAUUGGAAGUAUUUCAAUGAGGAACGGUCGAGGAUUGUGGAACAACUGGAUGACAUACAAGUCAUGAAACGGGGAGAAAUGGAACGAGUCGAAGACUUUAUCACGGAAAUGCGACGGGAAGUCGAAAUGGAACUGGCACUCGAGUUUGAUGGGGAACACGUGGAAGAAGAUCCGGAUCUGAUGAAACAGGUCGAAGAGCAAAAAAACAAAGUCAAAGAUUUGGAAGCCGAUAAUGCUCGCUUGAAACAACAAUCCGAAGAUACCAAACGGCAAAACAAAACGCUGGCCAUGGAAACAUUCCAAAUAUACGAAUCCAUUCCGCAAAAAUUGUCAGAUGUCAGAGGCUACCAAGCAGAAGAAAAACGAUUGCAAGGUAUUAGAGACAAGUACGCCCACGCCAUCCAAACUCUCCAGGGCAUGAUCAAGACUGUGAAGGCGGAUAUUGCCGACGAAAAGGAAGAUAGAGAGAAUAUCGAAAACUGUAUCAUGAUCAUCAUCAUGAACGUGGAGGAACGGACCAGCAAGAAAAAGCUAGUGGAAAAACUGUGGGACAUGAAGUUGACUUUGGAGUCUCUGGUCGAGGCGUCCUAG